AUGACAUCCUCUCGUUCUUCAACGGCUUUGUGCCGUGAUCUGGAUAAUACCCUACGUAUCGAUGCGGGAUCGUGUCGUGGCGGUUUUGAUUUCUCGCUUUUGUUUGAAGAGACGAUUCUCGAAAUCUUACCUAUUCUAUUAAUCCUAAUCACUAUUCCCAUCCGUCUGUGGCAUCUGUCCUCGAGACGGAACAAGGUCAUUGGAUCAUGGUUGAUCUUCAUCAAGCUUGUAAGUUCCGGGCUUCUGGGUGUUGAGGAGCAUCGAGCAGUCAGCAUUGCUCCCAAAAGGGAAUUGCAGCUAAUACCCCUCUCCUAUCAGAUAUCUUGGUUGGCACUCUUAGCACUUCAAAUUACACAAACAGCCUUGUGGGCCCUUCCGGCAGCCGAUAGCACCAGAGCCUCAGUCCCAGCCAAUGUGAUCCUGUCCGUCGGUGUCGUCGCUCUCGGUCUGCUGUCGUAUGCAGAACACAUGCGCUCUGUGAGACCGUCGUUCAUUUUAAACACGUACCUCUUCUGCAGCCUCCUUUUCGAUAUCGCUCGGUCCAGAACGCUAUGGCUUCGCAGUGUGGAUACAUUCAACGAUACCAUUGCCAUUGUCACCACAGUCGCCGUGGGUGUCAAAUUGGCUCUCUUCCUCCUGGAGGCGGUGGAGAAGAGACACAUCCUCAAACCCGAAUACGCUGAUUAUCCUCCUGAAGAUACUGCGGGUUUCUACAACCGGGCUGUGUUCUGGUGGUUGAACCCCCUGUUCAAGAUUGGCUUCAAUGGUGUGCUCCGUGUGGACGACCUGUCCUCCUUGGACAAAGAACUAAGUUCCGAGCGUUUACUGGCUCAAUUCGAGGAGAAAUGGAGCAAAGUGACAAAGAAGUCGCCCAAUACCCUUCAAUGGGAGUCUGUCAAAGCUGUCAAAUGGCCUCUCCUCGCCGGAGUCCCGGCAAGAGCCUGCGUUGUGGCCUUCAACUUCUGUCAGCCUUUGCUUCUGGAGCGGUCACUCUCGUUCUUCAAUUCGCCAGUGAACAAGAGCACCGAGAACAUUGGAUAUGGGCUCAUUGGUGCUUACAUCAUGGUUUACGCUGGUUUGGCGGUUUCAAUGGGCCAAUAUCAGCACCUCACCUACCGCGGCAUCACCAUGGUUCGCGAUGUGGAGCGCAUCACACAGGGCUGGCAAACCAUGCACGAGAUCUGGGCCAACUCAAUUGAGAUCGCUUUGGCUAUCUACCUUCUUCGGAUUCAACUCGGAGUCUCCUGUGUCGUUCCUGUUUGCGUUGCUCUUUUCGCUCUCAUCGGAUCCUUGGUUGGCAUGUCCUUCGUCGUCGCCCGGCAAGCCAAGUGGCUGGAGGCUAUCGAGAGGCGUAUCUCGUCUACUUCUGGUAUGCUUGGUUCCAUCAAAGGGUUCCGUACACUCCUGGUCUACAACAUGGCUUUCGCCUGGUUGACUCGGAUCUUUGCUCCGAUCUUCACUUUCGGUGUUUAUGUUGGUAUCUCCAGCGAGCCCUUGAACGUCUCUCGGGUCUUCACAUCGCUGUCUCUCUUCUCGCUCCUGGCAGACCCUCUCUUGACCUUGGUGAUGGCGCUCAUGUCAUUCGCUGGCGCCGUCGGGUCUUUCCAGCGUAUCCAACGGUUCUUGGAAAAAGAGAACCAUGCCGAUCGGAGACGCAGCCCCUCUCAGACUCUUUUCCUCGAUGACCUCGGUGAGAAGCGGCUGCUGUCAAAGGCUGGAGACCUUGAGCUAUCCUCGAACAACUCGGACUCCGUCGAGUCGCUGGGUAAGCGCUCCAGUGCUUUGUCAUCUGUCAAUGCCGUCGUGGUCCGGAGUGGAAGCUUUGGCUGGGACGCCGGGAAGACUCCCAUUGUGAAAGAUAUCAACAUUACCAUUUCUCAAGGCAGCUUCGCUGUUCUUAUUGGACCAUCUGGAUGCGGCAAGACUACUCUGCUCAAAGCUCUUCUCGGAGAAAUCCCUUGUGCCGAUGGCAAGGUUGAGCUCGCAUCUCCCAGCGUUGCAUACUGUGACCAGACUCCGUGGCACAUGAAUGGUACUAUCAAAGACAGCAUCGUUGCGAUGUCCGACUAUGACCCCAGAUGGUAUUCGUCCGUGAUUCAGGCCUGUGCUCUGGAGGAAGACCUCUCGCAGUUCCCUCGCGGGGAUGCGGCCGUCAUUGGAAGCAAGGGUAUUGCCCUCAGUGGAGGCCAGAGCCAACGUAUCGCACUGGCGCGAGCAGUUUAUGCCCGGCGAAAGAUUAUCAUCCUCGACGAUGCCCUGAGCGGUCUUGACGCUACCACGGAGAACCACAUCUUCCACAGCCUCUUCGGACACAUGGGACUUCUGAAACAGGUCGGAGCGUCAGUCAUUGUCGCCUCAUCCUCGGUCAAGCGCCUUCCCUACGCCGACCACAUCAUCGUCUUGGACACAGCCGGUCGAAUCUCGGAACAGGGAAGCUUCGGUGCUCUCAACAAGACUGGCGGAUAUGUGUCAAGCUUCGGACUCGGGUCGCCUGACUGGGACUACAAGCCUAAGCGGUUUACCGAGUCUCCCAGUUACUCUAGUAUCGACACCGUCGAGAAAGAAAAGCUGGCACUGCUUGACGAGCCGGCGCAUUGCGAUCGCGGUGGUGACCUCGGAAUUUACACAUACUACAUCAACGCAAUCGGCUGGGUCCCGGCAACCAUCUUCAUGGUCGCCAUGGCCGGCUUCGUCUUCUGCAUCUCUUUCCCGAGCAUCUGGCUGAAAUGGUGGGCCCAGUCCGACACCGCACGUCCCAAGCAGGAGAUCGGCCACUAUCUCGGUAUCUACGUGAUGCUCGGCUGUAUCGCCAUGCUCGCACUGAUUGUCGGCUGUUGGCAAAUGAUCAUCACCAUGGUCCCUAAGUCCGGCGAGAACUUCCACCGUAGGCUGUUGACCACUGUCCUCAGUGCCCCGAUGCUGUUCUUCUCCACGACCGACAGCGGCGCGAUCCUCAACCGAUUCAGCCAAGACUUGCAGCUCAUCGACAUGGACCUUCCCAUUGCCGCGAUCAACACCGUCGCUACCUUCUUCCUCUGUUUGGCACAGAUGGCUCUCAUCGGUGUCUCCUCCAAAUACGCCGCGAUCUCUUUCCCGAUUGUGAUGGGUAUAUUGUUCCUGAUCCAGAAGAUGUACCUGCGCACUUCACGCCAGCUUCGUUACUUGGACAUCGAAGCCAAGGCCCCGCUAUACUCUCACUUUACCGACUGCCUCCAAGGACUUGUGACCCUACGGGCCUUUGGGUGGCAACAUGCGAUGGAAAAGAAGAACAUUGCUCUCCUGGACCACUCGCAACGACCCUUCUACUUCAUGUUCGCUAUCCAGCGCUGGCUCACUCUGUCACUCGACAUGGUCGUCGCGGGCAUCGCGGUUCUUCUGAUUGUCUUGGUUGUCGCUCUACGUGGAACAUCCCUCAGUGCCGGCUACGUGGGUGUCGCUCUCUUGAACGUGAUCCAAUUCAGCCAGAGCAUCAAGCUCCUCGUCACCUUCUGGACGAGCUUGGAGACCCACAUCGGUUCUAUUCAGCGAAUCAAGGACUUUACGUCCACUGUCGAGUCGGAGGAUCAACCUGGUGAGGACCAGGAUGUACCCCCUAACUGGCCUUCGAAGGGUGCCGUCGCCUUCCACUCCGUCUCUGCCGCCUACAGGCCCUCCGAGCCAGUCCUCAACGAGGUCUCUCUAACCGUCCAAGCUGGCGAGAAAGUCGGCAUCUGUGGACGAACCGGAAGUCGGCAAAACCUCUAUGAUCAUGAGCAUUUUCCGAAUGAUGGAACUCAUCAGCGGCACCAUCACCGUAGAUGGUGUGGACAUCAGUCACCUUCCCCGACGGGAGAUCCGCUCGCGCAUCAACGGUGUCUCACAAGACUCGCUCCUCUUCAAGGGCAGUGUCCGGUUGAACGCCGAUCCGACGGGGACAUGUUCCGAUCGAGACAUCCUAGCGGCUCUCAAGAGCGUCCAGCUUCUGCCUGCGAUUCAAGAAAAGGGAAUUUGUCCACCGACAUCGACGAGAUUCACCUAUCACACGGCCAAAAGCAGCUCUUCUGCUUGGCGCGGGCUCUUCUUCGCCCAGGCAACAUCCUGAUACUCGAUGAGGCAACUAGCAACAUCGACACCAAAACAGACGAAAUCAUGCAACGAGUCAUCCGUGAGAAAUUCUGCAACCACACCAUCAUUGCCGUUGCUCACAAACUCGACACAAUCCUCGAUUUCGACCGCGUCGUCGUCCUGGAUACCGGUCGAAUUGUCGAGAACGGUGAACCCUACGCUCUGCUCACCGACCCCAAAUCGCACUUUAGCAGGUUAUAUGCAAGUGCCAUGGCAAUGGAGGAGUCGGAUUAG